ACGGUAGAUUUAUUCGCUCUGGAUUUAAUUCUAUCCAAAAGUGUUUCUGAAUUGUUCACCAAGUUUUGCCCUAACCACGCGUUAAGGCAUUAUGCCCUUUGAUUGGUUAUGGACAAGAUAUUUGCUUGAAAUCCAGUAGUUUCACGUUAUACUGAUCGACAUCAUUGCUCCGUCAAUGAGAGCGAAGUAAUACCUACAAUUUGUUCGCUUAGUGGUUGCUUACGCUGUCUGUUACCGUUUUAUAAAUCUCUACGAUAGUAUUGUAUGUAUAGUCUAUGGCUUAGAUUGACGUAUUCUCCCACUAAUGAUAAACGUUCCCAGUGUGUCGCAUUUGAUUGUGAUUGGAGCAGAUGUACGAGUGGGCGUGGCUUUGCAGGAGAAGCAGCUGAGUUUAAUGGCGAUUUGAAAAUGGCGGCGAAAGGCUUCACCAAUGGCACUUUAUCGUGAAUGCACGGAGAUAGAGGAGCUGUCCAAACGACACAAUUUCCCUCAGUUGAUAAAGUUGAUAAAGAAACCUCAUUGCAACGUACAUGUUGUUAAUAGAGGAAGAUUUGCAGCAUAUACGGCGGGGGCUUUCAAGACAAGUUAGCGAAGUUCGUUGAAAAUAACCCUAACAGCGUUACAGUGGGAUUAUAAAACGAUAGAACUUAAACCUAUCUAAACUGGAGCUAACGCUAGCUGGCUAAGUUAGCUUACACAGAUAACGCGAGACGCGCUACUUGUAAUUGUUUUUACAUUUUCCUCUGAGUUGCCAUGUUUGGGCUUUUAUCUGUGAUAAAUUUUAUUGCGGACGUAUUCCCGAGUCGGUGUUUAUCAAAACGGAGGUGAAGAAAUAUCACGAACGCUAUGUCCGUUCUAGCGAGAUAGCUAACAAUUUGUUAGCUACUUUUGCCGAUGCGUUCGGUGUUUAGGAGCUAAGCGCGAGCUAAUGCUAAUGCUAACCCGUUUCACCCAGCACAAUUGUUUUGUUUUGGUGGAGAAAUGGUUCAGUUCAGUGGAGGGUAGUUAGCUUGCCUCUGUACAUUUAACACAGUUUGUUUAGUGAAAUUCCGAUAGAUUGUUUUAGUAGCGUUUUAGUGCUUUUACUUUGGAACAUAUCUAGCUGGUUCUUAUUAAAAGACCAGCUGAUCAGGGAUCAGUUUAAUAAAAACUAAGCUCAGUAAAGUAAAGCUGACUGGAAAGUAUAGCCAACUAACUAACACGUUAUAAGAGCGGAUGCUAGUUUUAAAAACUGCUGAAUUCAGGUAACUUUGUACAUAGUGUAAUUCUCACGGUUUCUUAAUUACAUUGUUGGGUUGGUCGUGUUUUAAUUACGAAGUUAUUUUUUACUAUAGCUCAAUUAACCAUUUCCAACUAGCAAGUAGCUCUUAUCACUCUCUGAGCUUUGACAGAAGAGAAUAGGAGAGAGCUGGUGUGGGGUCUUUCUUUUAGUGGGAAAUAUUUUCUUCGUGACGGACUCUGGAUAUGGAAGAUCCAAAUCCACGAUACAGCAAACGACUGCGGUCAGGCACGCGGCGACGUUACCGUGACGAAGGGAUCUCUGAUGAUGAGAUUGAGGGGAAAAGGACCUUUGACCUGGAGGAGAAAUUAUACAAUGAUCGCUUUGGUUCUGAUAGAAUCAAACGCAUGGAAGGAAAAGAUUUCACAUUUGAAUUCAUCCAGAGAGGCGGGCUAAGAGAUCCAAUUAUCUUUGAGCGACCAGAUGGACUUGGAAUCAAAAUGCCAGGUCCAGACUUCACUGUGAACGAUGUGAAGAUGUUUGUGGGCAGUCGGCGAAUGAUUGAUGUGAUGGAUGUGGCCACUCAGAAGGGCACAGAGAUGUCUAUGGCCCAGUGGAGGCGAUACUACGAGACCCCGCCUUCCCAGAGAGAGAAGCUGUACAAUGUCAUCAGCUUGGAGUUUAGCCACACCAAACUGGAAAAUUUAGUUAAGCGACCUGCAACGGUGGACAUAAUAGAUUGGGUGGAUAAUAUGUGGCCGCGACACUUAAAGGAAAGGCAGAGAGACUCCACCAACUCCAUCCUUGACAUGCAGUACCCUAAAGUGCAAAAAUACUGUCUGAUGAGCGUGCAUGGCUGUUACACAGACUUCCACAUAGACUUUGGAGGCACGUCUGUGUGGUACCACAUACUGCGAGGAUGCAAGGUAUUUUGGUUGAUUCCUCCGACACCACAGAACCUGGAGCUCUAUGAGAACUGGGUGUUGUCUGGAAAGCAAGGCGAUAUCUUCCUUGGAGACAAGGCCACAGAGUGUCAACGGAUUGAGCUCAAGCAGGGCUACACGUUUAUUAUCCCGUCAGGCUGGAUUCAUGCAGUGUAUACUCCUGUGGACACACUUGUGUUUGGUGGAAAUUUCCUACACAGUUUUAACAUCCCCAUGCAGCUUAAUAUCUGCAACAUUGAGGACAGGACACGGGUGCCCCCUAAAUUUCGCUACCCGUUUUUUUAUGAGAUGUGUUGGUAUGUCCUGGAACGGUAUGUGUACAGUCUGACCAACACCUCCUACCUCAUCCCUGAGUUUCAGAAACACUCUCUAGGCAUCGGCCUUAAGCGAGAAUUUUCCAGUUCUGAAGCCUUGAAUGGUCAUGUAAAGGAUGAAGACGAUCCUCCCUCGCCUCCAACUCGGCCAGGGAUGAAGGUUCACAUGACUCCUUUUGAGCUGGAGGGUUUAUGGAAUUUGCUCGGAAAACUAGAAUCUCUUCCCUCACACAAAAAGUGUGUCCCUUCAGGAAUACACAAUGCACCUGCUCUGCUCCAUGACAUGCGGGCAUUACUUAAAGAACAUGCUAAUGAUACCCCUAAACUUUCAUACACUGGAAGACCCAUUGUAAAAUGGCCAAAGAGGCCAUCCUGGUACCAGCCUCCCCCACCCCCUGCCCCUGUAGGUCGUCCCAAAUUAGCCACCACUCCAAUCAUCCCUCGUCCAACGAAGCCAGCCUCCGCAAUGUCAGCGCUUCGGCGGCGGCGUGUGCGCUGUAAGCGUUGUGAGGCAUGUCUGAGGCCAGAAUGUGGAGAGUGCAAUUUCUGCAGAGAUAUGAAGAAGUUUGGUGGCCCUGGCAAACUGAAACAGACUUGUGUCCUCCGUCAGUGUCUUGCUCCUGGCUUGCCUCUCUCUGCUGUAUGUGAAAUUUGUGAAGAAGGGAACCAGGAUACUGGAGAAGAACUCAUGGAAUGCUCCAAUUGCGCACAGAUUGCCCAUCCUGGCUGCUUAAAGGUGCCAGGUGAGGGUUUAGUUAACAAAGAUCUGCCCAGUUGCUGGGAAUGUCCCAAAUGCGUCAUGGGAAAAGACACAGACUCGGAGUCAUCGGGCAGCGGUGAUGACCUCACGACUCAGGAGGGGUCGGGGGGGCUGAGGGGCGAGGGCGGGGCGUGGCACGGGGUCGGGCGGCCCCCUUCCUCUCUGUCACAUGGGUCGCUACGGAAACAAGUGGCGGCCCCAGAGCAGCGGCUCAGGAAGAGGAACAAAUUGGAAGCAAGCAAAUCGCUUAAACGCAAGUCAUCUUCACUGGAUCCUCGCGUGGCUAAGAUCUGUCGUAGACAAGGGAUGGAUUCGGGCAGUGACGACGAGGAUGGAGAAGGAAGAAGACGACUCUCGCUCCACUCAAGGGGUGCAAUAUCUGCUCGCCGUGGAUUUGGGUCCAGUAGACGGGGACUUUUGAGAGGCUCAUCACAUCGAGGGGGCAGAGGGAGUGGCAUGACCACAAAUUCCUCCUCCCUGAAAAUGAGGCGGGGACUUGGUGUAAGGGGUGAGCGGGGUGGUCGUGUUCGUUUACGAGGGGGGUCCAAAAUGCAACGGCGGCGUUAUGAAACUGAGGAUGACGACGAUGAUGACGACGACGAUGAUGAGGAUGACGAUGAGGAGGAGGAGGAAGAAGAUGAAAGUGAAGAAGAAAGGCACAUGGGCAGGUCUGAAAAGGAGCAUCGUUCACGGCGACGUCGGCGCAGAGGUGAAGACGAUGACGAAGACGACGAUGAGGAUGAUGAAAGUGAAGAACAAGACUUUGAUGGAGAGGAUGAAGAGAUGGAUGACCUGGAUGAUGGAGGGGAGGAAGAUGAGGAUGAUGAGGGUGAGAACCAUUCAGACUCAGAACCUGACCCUCCUGUUUUGCUUGUGUCCGACUUAAAUGAUGAACUGUUAAAUGGUUCUUAUCUGACUGUCACGUUGCAGCGCCCAUCAAAGGCCAAACGUGAUCCUGGGUCUAUUGUACCAAAACUGGAGGCAGCCAUGUCUCCCUGCACUCCUGGCAAUGCUGAUUUACUCCAGCGCAAAUCCCUUCACAAAUUUCGCCAGAAAAACGGCAGCUCUGUCUCCACUGGAAAUGGUCUCUCACAACCCAAAGCCGGUCUAGCAUCAGGCCGUCAAACACGCCACAGGAGUUUGAACCUUGAUGGUAGAGCAUCACCUUCCUCCACCUCCUCUCGCUCUUCCAUUUCUCCUCCUCCUCCUCCCCCCCUGACAUCCACUACUGGCUCGUCCCCUCCUUCCCUCCUCACUCAUCCUUCAUUCCGUGAUGUAGGGAACGAGCCAGGGUGCGAGAAGGAGGUGUGGGUGUCGGUGUUUCGCUACCUGAGCCGAACAGAACUGGCUGUGUGCAUGAGGGUUUGCAAAGCCUGGUAUAAAUGGUGUUAUGAUAAGCGUUUGUGGACUCGAAUAGAUUUCAGUAGAUGUCGCUCCCUCAGUGCUCAGGCUCUGUCAGCUAUUAUUAAACGCCAACCUGUCACACUUGACCUGUCCUGGACACCUGUUUCCAAAAAACAGAUCACCUGGCUUAUCCACCAUCUCCCAGGACUGAAGGAUCUGAUCAUGUCGGGCUGUUCUUCAUCAACUCUUUUGGGCUUGAGUUCUCAGAGCCUUCCAUGUCUCCGCACGCUGGACCUGUCCUGGGCUGAGAGCAUCAAAGACUCUCAGCUCAAAGACCUCAUCACGCCAUCAGGUAGUGAUAAUCGCAACAGGCUUAAAGGCUUGUUAACAUUGCGGCUAUCUGGUCUGGAUGUGAGUGACUCGACGCUGAAGCUGAUAAUUAAACACAUGCCGUUGCUGCGGAGGUUAGACCUGUCGCAUUGCCCUGUCCUUACAGACCAGUCCAUCAGCCUGCUUACAGCUAUUGGCUCUAACACACGCAGCACUCUCAGAGAGGUCACCCUCACAGGUUGUAAUAAGAUUACAGACGCGUGCCUGACUUAUAUGAAGCGCCUCUCAGCUCUAACUCUCCUGGACCUGCGGGGCUGUAAGGGUGUCACACGACAUGGCUGUGAAAACUUCAUUUCUGACCUUUCCUACUGCACCUUUUUCUGUCUGACUGAGGAUAAACUCAUCCAGAGGAUAUCUUAACACAGACACACAAAUAUAAAGCACACAUGCGCUUACACUGGUGUGCUCAACGGGCUCCAUCAUUAAUGCUCCAACACGAUUCCGAGCUCCCUCACAGAGUCUGGUUGAGCAGGUGGAUGGCGGGAAGAGGCUGCGCCCCUGGGGAGAGGAUGACCGCACAGAAUCUGAGGAGAGUUAUGUUCUUUCGUGCCAGGCAUUCGGGCUCAUUCAAAGCGACUUGUAAAGAAGAUACCAACACUCAUGGGGUCGAAUUGGACAUCAAAAUGUAUUGAUCCAAACUACCUGGGUGACUGAGAGGAGUCCAGAUUUAGGAGUAUAGUGAGGAGAUGUGUGGCUAUAUAUGGCAGUUUCAGGUAUGUUGUUAGGAUACUGUAAACCAGCAUUACCAUGAGUGGGGGGAAAAGGAACCUAACCAUGGUGCAACAUGUGACAUUUUGCCAACAAACCAAAAGGCAAUGACAUGCACUUAAAUUUGAGUGCCACGAAAUGUAACUCUGACUUUGACCCAACAUCCCACGUAGUCCCAAUUACAAACGCACAUACAGAGUUUCUGUCUUUUUUUUUUUUUCUUUUCUUUUCUUUUCUUUCCUAUGUAUACACACAUCAAUCUUUGACAUCUUGGCUAACCUUCUCUGUCUGUACAGCUUUACCAACAUAUUCUACUACAGUAAACUGCAUCAUGCUUAAUUAAGGCCUCGUUCCUUUCUGGUUUUUCCUCCUUGAAUUUCUUUGCUUUUUGUUGUGAUCUUUAUCCUCAUGUAUCUCUACCACUUUACCUGUAUUUGUCAGUUUUCUUCUACAUUACCAUCUUCCUCUGUACAUUUGCUGAGUUUAUAGUGUUCAUGUAUUUUUGUUUCUUCUGAAGCAAUGUCCUAAGUGCAGCCUGUAGCAACACAACCUCUUUUUCAUAUUUUUUUUUUUCAAGAAAAGGAAAAAAAAUAAAAAAAAAGUCACAUGUC